UUCAUGAGCGCAUUAGUUCCGACUCGGAGGACGACCGUGGGAGAAACGAGCCGACCAAAUUGGACUCUGGUUUGUAUGUCUACAUAAGGAGCCCCAUUCCGCCGGAAGUGAAACAUUGAGCUGGUGUUUGAUGUGAACUGUCGAGUUGAGCCGUGAAUUACAGGCGGCUCCAGCCAGAAUCCAUAGGACUUUCAUCAAAUUGAAACUUGAGCAACUAACGGAAAAGGGAAAAUGCUGCGACCGGGUCCAGGAUUGUCUAGCAGGAUGAUCCUGGCAGUGCUACUACUAUGCAGCACGCUAGGAAUUUCGUUUGUGGAAGGGAAAGCUACGAUGGAGCAGAUGGCGAAGACCGGGGAGCUGAUGAGGAGUGUCUGCAUCGGGAAAACCAAGGUCAGUGAAGAUUUAGUGAACGGUCUCGGCGAGUCGAAAUUUCCAGACGUCAAGGAGCUUAAGUGCUACGUAAGCUGUAUAAUGGAAAUGAUGCAGGCGAUGAAAAAAUCCAAGCUUAAUUACGAUGCACUGAUGAAACAGAUCGACACCAUCAUGCCGGACGAAUUGGCCGAACCGAUGCGCAACGCGGUUACAAUUUGUAAGAACAGCGCCGACGGAAUUAAAAACGGCUGCGAAGCUGCCUACGCCUUGGCCCAAUGUAUAUCGAAAAACAAUCCCAAAUUUAUUGUUCCGUAGAAGGAAGAAAAAAC